AUGAAAAGCUGGAUCAUACUGCUGGCUAUUGUAGUCAGCACGGAAGAAACACAAAAGCAGGACAUGUGUACCCGAGGGUAUCCUGGCAUCCCUGGCAAUCCUGGCCACAAUGGCAUACCUGGACGGGAUGGACGUGACGGCUCAAAAGGCGACAAGGGGGAUCCAGGUGAAAUGGGAAUUCCUGGAUCUCCAGGGAAAGAUGGUGCAAAUGGAGAGAAAGGAGAACGAGGAGCCAAUGGGACUGUUGAAGAAAAAGGGAACAAAGGAGAUAAGGGAGAAAGAGGACGACCUGGGAAACUUGGACCAAAAGGAGUUAUAGGAUCAGUGGGUUACAAAGGUCAGAAGGGAGAGCUGGGACUGCAGGGGCAAAAGGGAUUAAAAGGAGACAUUGGGCCCAUAGGUCCAAAAGGGACCAAGGGUGAGAUUGGCCAUCCUGGAAGAAUUGGUUUGCCAGGGCCUAUUGGCCCAACUGGUUAUCCAGGUCCUAAAGGAAGUGCUGGUGACUUGGGGCCACAGGGUAAUCCAGGAGUUCAGGGGGAAAGAGGCUUGAAAGGGGACAGAGGAGAUAAAGGGAACGUCGGUGCCACUGCAGUCCUGCCAAGAAGUGCUUUCAGUGUAGGCCUCACAGUCUCCACCAAAUUUCCCCCUUCCAACCGUCCCAUCAAGUUUGACAAGGUCCUCUACAACGGCCUAAAUGAUUACAACCCAACCACUGGCAAGUUCACCUGCAAGCAUCCUGGCGUCUACUAUUUCACCUACCACAUCACCAUCUACUCCCGGAACGUCAGAGUUGCCCUAGUGAAGAACGGGAUCAAGCUGCUGCACACUGUGGACAUGUACCAGGGCGCUGAAGACCAGGCCUCCGGAGCCACCAUCCUUGAACUCCAGAGCGGAGACGAGGUCUGGCUGCAGGCUCACCCUGGAGAAGCCUUCAACGGGCUGUUUGCCGAUGCAGACGACGACACAACCUUUACCGGAUUCCUACUAUUUAGUAACUCCGACAUGCUGGAGUCACCACUACCUGCAGCGUAA